CCUUGCCGGUGCUGACCGUGAACUAUGACCGCGUGCGUAAACCGUUCGAGGUGUGUCUGUGGAUCCUGCUGGCCUCCUUAAUGAAGCUCGAUGGCAUCAUCAUCACACACACACACACACACACACACACACACACACACACACACACACACACCCAAUACCUUAUGAUAAACUGAACCUUCACUAAUUGUCCUGUAUUUUAUUACUGCAGAAUUAUAUGUUUUCAGUAUGCUAGCACACUGCUGUCUGUGCUCAGUGUUCGAUUUAAUUACAUUUUGUUUGUGUUUUUUAUGAUCAAGGUUUUAUUGAAUUUUUAAAAUUUUUACAUUUACAUAUAUGGCAUUUAGCAGACACCUUUAUCCAGAGUGACUUACAGAAGUGCUCUGAAGUCUCCAUACCUAAGGAGAAAUUAACACUUUUUAGCAAAAUGUCUACCAAUUUUUAUAUGCUUAGAUUAUAUAUAUAUAUAUAUAUAUAUAUUUAGAUGGCCAGUAAGAAUGCUUUUGACAAAAGAAGAAAAUAUUGAAAUGAUUCUCAUGGCUGUAUCAGGAAGCUGUCGCAAGGUUGCGAUGGACUUUAACAGGAAACACUGUGAGCACAUCACACACCUAACUGUUAACAAACUUAUUAACAAAUAAAUAAAACUGGAAGUUGCGGAUCAACCAAGAAGAAGUGGACAUCCACCAACAUCCACUGAUGAAGACACGACUGACCUGGUGCUGGAAACAUAGUCCUUGAUGUGUGGAGACUUUUGGGUCAUGCACUAAGAGCACUAUCGGUCUCAAAACUGAAUAUAGGUUCCACAUCAUCCCUGGUUUCUCCCGAUUUGUCACUGAGAGCUGUGUGCUGAUGAUAGUUGGUCUGAUGGUCGGAGUUCUCAUUAAGCUCUUGGGUGAAACACUUCCUGUUUUGGACACUGAGCUCUUCUUCCUGUGUCUCCUCCCCCCCAUCAUCCUGGAUGCUGGAUAUUUCCUGCCUCUGCGCCCCUUCAGUGAGAACAUGGGCUCCAUCUUGGCACUGGCUGUGCUGGGAACGCUCUGGAACUCCGUCUUCGUUGGGUUGGUCUUAUACGGAGUGUGUAACGUGAUCGGGGUCCAGAUGGGUGGAGUCAACCUGCUUUCCUGCCUACUGUUUGGUUCCAUCUCCUCUGCUGUGGAUCCGGUUGCAGUCCUUGCCGUCUUUGAGGAAAUUCACAUUAAUGAGCUCCUCCACAUUCUGGUGUUUGGAGAGUCACUGCUUAAUGAUGCUGUUACUGUGGUAUUGUACCAUCUGUUGGAGGAGUUUGCUGGCAGAGACUCAGUGGAGUUCAGUGACGCACUACUGGGUGUGCUGAGCUUCCUGGUGGUGGCCUUGGGGGGCAUCAUGGUGGGCAUGGUUUAUGGCAUCAUGUCCGCUGUCACCUCUCGUUUUACCUCACGCUCACGUGUCAUCGAGCCGCUUUUCGUCUUCCUCUACAGCUACCUGGCGUACCUGUCGGCUGAGGUGUUCCACCUCUCUGGCAUCAUGGCUCUCAUUGCAUGUGGCGUGGUCAUGCGGCCCUACGUGGAGGCCAACAUUUCCCACAAGUCCUACACAACUAUAAAGUACUUUCUGAAGAUGUGGAGCAGUGUGAGUGAGACUCUCAUCUUCAUCUUCCUCGGGGUUUCCACGGUAGCAGGACCGCAUCACUGGAACUUUAUCUUUGUCUUCUUCACCAUCAUCCUCUGCCUCAUCUCCCGUGUACUGGGAGUGGUGGGACUGAGCUUCGUCAUGAAUAAAUUCCGCAUGGUAAAGUUAACAGGUAAAGACCAGUUCAUUGUGGCCUACGGUGGCCUGCGGGGAGCCAUCGCAUUCUCACUGGCCUUCUUGCUCUCCAGUAAACACUUCCCCAUGAAGAACAUGUUCCUCACAUCCAUCAUCACACUCAUCUUCUUCACAGUCUUUGUUCAGGGAAUGACGAUCCGCCCGCUGGUGGAGCUUCUUGCAGUAAAGAAGAAAAGACGCACCAAGUUUACAAUAAAUGAGGAAAUACAUACACAGUUUCUUGACCAUGUGCUGAUGGGAUUCGAGUGUAUCUGUGGUCAUUAUGGACACCUUCACUGGAAGGACAAGCUGACCCGGUUUAAUAAGCGCUACAUGAGGAAGUGGUUGAUCUCAGGAGACAGGUCUGAGGAACCACAGCUCAUCUCCUUCUAUAAUAAACUGGAGAGGAAGCAGGCGCUCCUAGUGGCUGAGAGUGGAACUGCAGCCAAUUUAAAACCAUCACUGCCCUCUACUGCAUCAUUAUUGAGUGCUCAGAGUGGAAGGAAGAACAGGAUGAAGAUCACAAUGGAACAAGAGGCAGCAAUCCAGAACAUUCUCAGAGCAAAACUGCAGAAACAACAGCAGAGGAUGCGCUCGUACAGCAGACACACACUGCUGCUGGAGGAAGAAGAGGUGGAGUGGCGUGAGGCUCAGCUCCACAGGCAGAGAGCACAGAUGGAGCGGAGGAUGAGUCACUAUUUGACUGUUCCGGCUAAAAGGCUCUCCCCCCCGGUCAGGAGAGCAAAUGUUAUCUUCAAUAACCCGAGCAGUCCCGCAGUUAGUGACAUCAUCAUCAGUACAGAGCCAUGUUCUCCUCCUACAGACACGGUGAAGCUACUGAAUGAAACACAACCGAGACAGGACGGAGUCAAGAAAAUCCCCGACAACAAAAUCCAGAAGAAACGGGACGACUUCCAGACGGACCGAGAUGGAGCCUGUAAGAUCCAACAUGGCACCUGUGGAGGAAAAGGCCAGAAGCUGGGUGUAAAUUUUGGUGUGGAUGUGGAGGAGCAGAAACCUCCUCCUCACAAUCGAACCAACCUGGAAGUGAGCAAAAUUGAGGAGGAAGAUGAAGAUGCUUCUUGUCAUGAGCACAUUGUUACAGGAGUCACACAGCACCAAGUCAACACAAACUGAGAGAAAUUUAUAUUCAUUCAGAGCUGGUUUUGAUAAUAAUGAGGAAAUGAUGCAUUACUGCACUGUAACAGCAUCAGUUAAGACUCUGUGUGUGUGUGUGUGUGUGUGUGUGUGUGUGUGUGUGUAAAUAAAGUAUGUAACAGUAAUGUAAUAUUUAUGUUGUGGGUAAAAUAAAAGAUUGUGUAUGGAAAUGGGAAUUCUGUGAUUCUGAGUGCACAUUUUUCUCAUUUGUAAAUUUGAAUAAUAAUAAUAGUAAAUUUUAUAAUAUAGUAAAGAAGACAAUCUUAUGAUUCUGUAAUCCAGACCAGAGUUCAGUAAAGCACUUAGUAAUAAACUAAAUGUAAACAUUCAUUUCACUAAUUGGCCUUUAAUGACGUGUGUGUUCUUCUCCCAGGAGUGGUCAUGGACUCAAUA